AUGCCGAACGCCUUCCCCAUCAUCCAAACGGUGCCCGUUGCCAAAGGCACCCCGGGAUACGAGGCACUCCGUGACCGCAUUGUGCAGGAACAAUUCGCAGACAAGGUCCCCAAGGAGCUGCGGCUGCCGGCGGACUUGAUCCAAAACCCGCCCAGGAAUGUGACCAGUGUCCCCCGUGACUGCGGGCUGCUGACCCCCGAUGAAUUGGAAAUAACCGAGGGCUACGAUGCGACCGCACUCGCCCAGGCCAUCAGGGAGCGCAAGCUCACGGCAGUGGCUGUCGCCACCGCCUUCGCCAAGCGGGCCGUCAUCGCCCAUCAGCUUACGUGCUGCCUGACAGAAUGGUUCAUGGACGAGGCGGUUGCGCAGGCCCAGAAGCUCGACGACCACCUCGCCACGACCGGCAGGACCGUCGGCCCGCUACAUGGCGUGCCCGUCUCCAUCAAGGAGCAUGUCCAGAUGGCCGGCCACUGGUCCGCUGACGGUUACAUCGCAAGCCGCCAGAUUGACGAGCAGGACAGCCAUCUCGUGGCCAUCCUGCGCCGGCUGGGGGCGGUCUUCUACUGCAAGACGAACCAGCCCCAGCACAUCAUGCACCUCGAGACCGUGAGCCCCUACGGGCGCACUCUCAACCCCCACAACAUCGACCUGUCUGCAGGUGGCUCGAGUGGUGGUGAGGGUGCGUUGAUCGCCCUCCGGGGCUCCGUGCUGGGGGUUGGCUCGGACAUUGGGGGCAGCAUACGCGGCCCUGCUGGUUUCUGUGGCAUCUACGGCUUCAAGCCGACAAGCCACCGCCUGCCCAAUCUGGGGAUGCUGCACAGCGGAAACCCGGCGGAGUUGACCAUCCUCGCGACUUGUGGGCCGAUGGGAGCAUCGCUGCGCGACCUGGACAUGUUCAUGUCGCUUGUUGUCGAACAGAAGCCGUGGCUGCGAGAGCCGAGCCUGAUUCCUCUGCCAUGGACUGGGCUAAGCGCCCCCCUCGCCUCUUCUCCUGCCUUGAAGGUUGGUAUAAUGAUGCACGAUGGUGUCAUCCAGCCGCAGCCUCCGGUGGUUCGCGCACUGGAAUGGGCGAAGGAAAGACUACGUAGCUCACCCUCCAUCGAGUUGAAGCCAUUCACACCCCACCGUGUCGCGGAUGCGAUGAAGAACAUCCGCAGAGCCUACACACCCGACGGCGGCGCCGGGCUCAAGGCCGGUCUGGAGAAGACGGGGGAGCCAAUGGAGAAGCUAACAAAAUGGAUUAUCCAAGACGCAGAGGGCCCGCCAUACACGUUCCAGCAAAUGUUCGACAUGGGUGUUGAGCGGGACAAGCUCCGUUGCGAGUUUGCGAGCCACUGGACGCAGCAGGAUGUCGACGUGGUGCUCUGCCCAGUUUUCGUUGGCCCAGCCAGCGUGCACGACACGGCCCUGUAUUGGAACUACACUGCGUUCUGGAAUUACGUCGACUGUCCCGGUGUGGUGGUCCCUACACCGGUGAGGGCCUUGGCAAAGGGACAAGAGCAAUAUGGCCCGGGAGAGCCACUCGGAAAAAUAGACGCGCACGUCCGGGAUCUGUGGGCGGCAGGGGAUUUCGAGGGGGCGCCUAUUAAUUUGCAAAUUGUUGGGCGAAAGCAUCACGACAGCAGCCUCUUUGCGGCCGCGAAGGAGAUUGAGAAGUGGUUUUACGCAUAG